UAAACCUCAAAAUGGAAAACAAAUUCUUUUUGGACAAUGACGAAAACCUCUCUGAGGAUCUCCUCAGUGAGGGAGCUCAAGCCAAAUCAGUAAUGACGUGAGCUAAGCUCACGUCUAAUAUGUCUUGAACAUCCUUUCAGAUGAAAUCUAAGGAGGAUUUCAAUGAAAGAUUGUUGAAAAAUAAGACAGAUUUUAACAAACCUAAGUCAGAUACUAAUCUUCUGACAUCUUACAUACCUUUAGAGGCUGAUAAAGUUCCAAGAAGCCCUUUAAGGUCUAUGAAGAUCUGCGGGUCUCCUUUCUGAAUUGACAAUGAGGAUAAUUUAGAAGCUCCCACUCCUAAAUUUGAUCAUCGAGUCCCAAUGAAGCAGAGCAUCAGUGGCCUCCUGAAGCAGGCUAUCAGGAUUCGUAAGCGCUCUAGAGCGAGAACUCAUAUUCAAAAAUUGCCAAAGGGAAGUGAUAUUAUACAUGAUUCCAAUAAUACUUCAUGUAUUGCUGAUCAUAACAAAGUUACCAAUAACGAGAAAAGAGUGAUCACUAUGGAAGAUGUUCAUUUCGGCUCAUAACUAAAUUUUAUACUAUAAUAACAC